GUCCAAGCUUACGGCAAUUCAGGGGAUUGGAGUAGCAUUGGAGUCGCUGACGCCAUCCUUUCCCGCCUCUGGCUUGCAGGGAGCAUGCGCUUCCUUGCUCACUUGGUCUCAAGGAGAGAGUAAGGCUACGCCCUAGCCGAUCCGCGGCCGGCUCCGCGUCACAGGAACUUCAGCACCCACGGGGCGGACAGCGCUCUCCUCCACCUGAGGACCUGACUCUCCAGCGCCCACAGCCUUUACUCGGGAGUCGCGUGGAGCUUCACCGGCUGCUGGGUUCCCACCACCGUUCCACCCCGCACCCGCCCUCCCAGCUCUUCCUGUUUUUACUCCUCUUUUUCAUUCAUAACAAAAGCUACAGCUCCGGAAGCCGGCGCCAGGCUGUUUCUGAAGCCAAGAGUGGAAGAAUGGGGUUUCUUUGGACCGGCACUUGGAUUCUGGUUUUGGUAGUCCACAGCAGCCCAAUUCAGGCUUUCCCCAAACCGGAAAGCAGCCAAGACAAACCUAUACAUAAUAAAGAAUUAAGUGCAGAAAGACCUCUGAAUGAACAGAUUGCUGAAGCAGAAGCAGACAAGAUUAAAAACACAUACCCUCCAGAAAACAAGCCAGGUGAAAGCAAUUAUUCCUUUGUUGAUAACUUGAAUCUGCUAAAGGCAAUAACAGAAAAGGAAAAAAUUGAGAAAGAAAGACAAUCCGUAAGAAGCUCCCCAUAUGAUAAUAAAUUGAACUUGGAAGAUGUUGAUUCAACCAAGAAUCGUAGACUAGUUGAUGAUUAUGAUUCUACUAAGAGUGGACUGGAUCAUAAAUUUCAAGAUGAUCCAGAUGGCCUUCAUCAGCUGGAUGGAACUCCUUUAACCGCUGAAGACAUUGUCCAGAAAAUUGCUACCAGGAUUUAUGAGGAAAAUGACCGAGGAGUAUUUGACAAGAUCGUUUCUAAACUUCUGAAUCUUGGCCUAAUAACAGAAAGCCAGGCACACACACUGGAAGAUGAAGUAGCAGAGGUUUUACAAAAAUUAAUCUCCAAGGAAGCCAACAGUUAUGAGAUACCCAAUAAACCCACAAGCAAGACUGAGAGUCAGUCUGGAAAAAUACCAGAGAAAGUGACUCCAAUGGCAGCAAUUCAAGAUGGUUUUGCUAAUGGAGAAAAUGAUGAAACAGUAUCUAACACCUUAACCUUGACAAAUGGCUUAGAAAGGCGAACUAAAACCUACAGUGAAGACAACUUUGAGGAACUCCAAUAUUUUCCAAACUUCUAUGCACUCCUGAAAAGCAUUGAUUCAGAAAAAGAGCCAAAAGAGAAAGAAACACUGAUUACUAUCAUGAAAACGUUGAUUGACUUUGUGAAGAUGAUGGUAAAGUAUGGCACCAUAUCUCCAGAAGAAGGAGUUUCCUAUCUUGAAAACUUGGAUGAAACAAUUGCUCUUCAGACCAAGAACAAGUUGGAAAAAAAUGUUACUGACAAUAAAAGCAAGCUUUUCCCAGCACCAUCAGUGAAGAGUCAUGAAGAAACAGAUAGUACUAAGGAAGAAGCUGCUAAGAUGGAAAAGGAAUAUGGAACCUUGAAGGAUUCCACAAAAGAUGAUAACCCAAGAGGAAAAACAGAUGCGCCAACAGGGAAAACAGAAGCCUAUUUGGAAGCCAUCAGAAAAAAUAUUGAAUGGUUGAAGAAACACAACACAAAAGGAAAUAAAGAAGAUUAUGACCUUUCAAAGAUGAGGGACUUCAUCAACCAGCAGACAGAUGCUUAUGUGGAGAAAGGCAUCCUUGAUCGAGAAGAAGCCGAUGCCAUCAAGCGUAUUUACAGCAGCCUGUGAACAAGGCAAAACGGUCCAGGAGUCUUUACGCUGUUUCGGAAAACAUAAUAUCGCUUCAAACUCUUCUAAUUCUGUGAUUAAAGUUCUUUUGACCCGAGGAUUAUUAGAAAGUGCUGGGUUUACAGCAGUUAACCUUUUAGAAGUGGUUAAAAUAUAGCUUUCUUGCCAUAAAACUAUCUGAAAAGUAAAGUUGUAUGUACGCUGA